CGGGUCAGCGUGUCCAAUCAGAGCGAAAAGGGGCGUGACCCGAGGGUCGUUAAGGUCCCGCCCACGGCGGAAAUUUAAAGGGACUGCAGCCCCGAAUUCGGGGCGGGGCUUAAACGGGAGGCGGAGCUUGUGGAAGGGCGGGCCUUGACGGAAAAAGGCGCGGUUUGACGGAAAGGAGCGUGGUUUGGUGGAAAGGGGCGUGGUUUGGUGGAAAAGGGCAUGUCUUUAAGCAGGACCUACCCAAAACAGGGUGUUUUUUGGGGUGUCACGAGGCUCCAGGGAGGGUUGGGGGGGGUCAAAGGGCCGCCCAAUCAGCUGCCAAGCCCGCGGUGGGUGUGUCCCCCUCAGACUCCUCCCUCUGACGCCCCUCCCCCGUCUCCAGUCGCCGCCAUGGGCCCCCCCAGGACCCUCAGCCUCGUCCUCCUCCUGCUCGGGGCAGCGAUGGCCGAGAAAGCCCCGCCCAGGCCCCACCCCCCUGAGCAGGACUCCGCCUACCAGGAGCUUCAGGGCGCUCGCGCGGACCUUUACAGCGAGCUCAAGCGCUGAGCCACGCCCCCUCCCCGCCCACUUCGCCAAUAAACCGCUCCUUUUGCCCGUUUUGCUCCGAUUUGGCCCCCCAAAAAAUAUAAUUCUUCUUUUUUUUCCCACUUCCGGGUUCGAGUCGUUGGCGGAAAGGCGCUGUCGGGUGACGUCAUCCCGGCGCGCCGAAAGCGGGGGGCGCGGGGCGGGCGGAAGUUCCCCCAGCGCUUCCCCGGCCAUGAUGGCGGCGGGGGUGGCUUCUCCCGCGGCCGCUCCGGGAGGCGCCGCCCGGGAGGUCUCGCAGGGCCCUCGGCUGGCCCGGCCGUGCCCGCGGGGACCGGCGCCGGUGCCGCGGGGGCGGCGGGAGCCGCUCCCGGCGCGGGGGGAGGCGGAGCGGCGGCAAAGAGCGGCGAGGAGCGGCUGAAGGAGAUGGAGGCCGAGAUGGCGCUGUUCGAGCUGGAGGUUUUGGGGGCUCCAGGCCCUGCCCCCUGGGACCUGCUGGCCCCACCCCCCAUCCUGCAGCCAAUCAUCGCCACCAACACCUACCAGCAGAUGACCUUUGACCCCCCGAAAAUGAUCCCGACCCCCCGAAUGUCCUCCCAAUGUCCCCACAAUGUCCCCCCAAUGUCCCCAAUGUCCCCCAAUGUCCCCACAAUCUCCCCCAAUGUCCCCCCAGUGUCCCCCAAUGUCCCCCCAAUGUCCCCAAUGUCCCCCAAUGCCCCCCCCAAUGUCCCCAAUGUCCCCAAUGUCCCCCCAAUGUCCCCCCAAUGUCCCCCCAAUGUCCCCAAUGUCCCCAAUGUCCCCAAUGUCCCCAAUGUCCCCCCAGUUGGAAAUGUUUGCCAUCAUCCAAACACAGGUACAACUCACAGCUGUCCCUCCUCACGUCCCUCGCAGGUCAGCAGCGACAUCCUUGGAGGAGCCUCAGGAUUGCUCCCUGCAGUGAUCCCUGCUCCACCCUUGGAAUACAGAGCAAAAUCCCAGGAAUGCUCCGUGCCUGCAGCUCUCCUGCUCUGGGCUGUGCCUCCUCCACACAGCUUCUCCUGGGAAGUUCUCUGCAGCCCAGCACAGGAGGAUCCAGCUCUGCUCGCGGCCCUCUGCUCCUGGAGUCGUCGAGAAGCAGCUGCAACAAUUCCCCGAGUCCCAUUCCCGCCUUUUGGGACGUUUCCUUGGAGCUCCCUUUGUUCUGUGACGUUCCAGAGCGAGGCUAUAGGGAUUUGUCUCAGUUUGAAGAAACUGGAAUGUUUGUUAAAGAGGAUGAGUUAUGAGAUGGACCAAACUCUCUCUCUCUCAGCAAUUGUAAAUUCAAAACUUAAGGGGGCUUUAAUCGAGGAAGUGUGGAAGAAAAGAAGAAAUAACAACCCUUUCUUAUUCGUGGCCGGGCUUCACCAGCGAAGAUUUGGGAAGGGCUCUACCCACAUUUAUUACAGGCACGUUGGUGGCUAAAGAGGCCAAUGCGAGAUAGACACGUCCGGUUGCAAAAGGCACACCAGAAAGACUCCUUAGGUGGUAAAUUCUGCAAGGCACGAUUCUUUCGUUGUCUUUUCUCCUCAGGGGUGAUGCUGCAUGUGCUCUCAAAGGCAUCAGCAGUGUUAUAGAUGGGGUGUUUCCAGACCUCCUGGUUGGAGGCCAGAGCAGACCAGUUAUGAUGAUCAAUGUGGCCAAGGCUGAGAUGUUGUUUCAGGCAGUCCUUGUAUCUCCUCUUCGGGGCUCCUCUCUUGCGGCAGCCGGUGGGCAAGUUCCCCAUAAAGCAGGACCUUCGGGAGGCGGUGGUUGGUCCUUCAUCCUGGAGACGUGCCCUGCCCAGCUCAGCUGUGUUCUCAGCAACAUGGCCUCAAUGCUUGUGCCUGCUGCCUGUUCUAGAACAGACGUAUUGGUCACAUCAUCUGACCAGGGAUGUUUAGGAUUGUGCAGAGACAGCGUUGAUGGAAGCGUUCGAGGAGCCGCAGGUGGUGGCGGUGGAUGACCCACGAUUCAGAUCCGUAGAAGAGAGUAGACAGCACUAUGGCUCUGUAAACACUGAUCUUGGUGCUUUUCUUCAGGUGUUUAUUUCGCCAAUCUCUUUGAUGGAGCCUUCCAAAAGCUCUCGAUGCCUUUGCUAACCUGUUGUCUGUCUCUCCGUCAAUCUCACCGUCCGAGGAGAUGAGGCCCCCCAGGUAAUUAAACUGCUGGACUGAUUUGAGCUCUGAUUGGCCAAUGGUGAUGUGGGGUGAUGGAAGCCUUCCUGAGGUGCAGGUUGAUAGAGAACUUGUGUCUUCUUCAAGCUGAUGCCCAGCCCAAAGAGCUCAGCAGCCUCAGCACAGCAGGAUGUUAAACGCUGCAGAGCUGCCACUGUGUGAGCCACGAGGGCGGCGGCUGUCAGCGUAAAGCAGCUCCCGGACAAGAUGGUUUAAGGUCUUGGUGUGGGCCUUCAGUUGCCUUAGGUUGAAAAGGCUUCCAUGGGUACGAUAUGGGAUGUAGAUCCCACCUUCUUCAUCAAGGUCUGCCGUGGCCCUUUGGAGCAUCCUGCUAGAAAAGAUUGUGAACAGGGUUGGUGCAAGAACACUGCCUUGUUUCACACCAUGGGAUAUUAGAAAGGGCUCAGAGAGUGCAUUGCCAUAUCUGACUUGGCCGUGCUGAUCCUCAUGGAGCGAGAUGAUCAUUUUAAGGAACUUGGGGGGACAACCUAAACAUUCCAAAAUCUGCCACAGACCUUUCCUGCUCACAGGAUGGAAAGCCUUGGUGAGCUCAACAAAGGUUCCAGAGAGACCUUUGUUCUGUUCCCUGCACUUCUCUUGCAGUUGUCUGAGAACAAACCCCAUGUCUGUGGUCCCCCUGUUGGCUCUGAAACCACCUUGGACAGGCCUCUUUGGACACCUGGCCUCAAAUUCUACAGCAGGUUUUAUGCUACGGAUGGCAAGCAGUGAACUGAUAUUUGCUGGAAAAGGACCGAAUAAUCUUUUCCCAAAGACAGAUUCUCUUUUGUCACUGAUCUUCUUGCUUAUUCCAAGAAAGACUGCACCACCUAAGCUACCAAGAGAAGCCAUGAAUCACAGAAUCCUAGCAAAAAUCAAGAACUAACAGUAAAGAACAGGGAUGGUUUGGUUUAGUGCUGAAUGCCAUGGGUAUAAACGGCAGGUCUGAGAUAAAGAAGCUUUUUUCCAGUUUAGCCUCCUCACCCCCUGUCCUAUUGUGACAGGCCCUACUGAACCCUUUGCCCACAUGUUUCUAGAAGCUGCCUUGAAGUCCUGGAAGGCCUCAAGGAGGU